UUCGAAACCAAGCGAGGGAAAACAAACUCCUGCAACCGUCACCUUGAUGUCAUGCCUGUCCAGGUGCUCUCAGAGGGGGCGGGACCAGGCGCCAAGGUACUGACGCACCUGAGCAGUGUUCCCAUCGUGCUCAUCAGCACCAGCACCGACUGCUCCGACAAAACUGUGAAGGGGAAAGUGGUUCGUAAAUGCCCGCUGGUGUCGUUAGCAUCUGGAGACUUUAUCCUGAAGAUUAUCAUCCAAGAAGAAGGUUCCCCGCCGGACGCCUCCCAUCAGAACCCGUCCAUCAACGUCAUCCUGUUCGGAGCGCUCGCCAAGGACUUCGAUGGAGCUGUCAAUCAAGGGGAUGUGGUGGUGGCUGCCGGCUUCACCGUGGGGAAAUCUCCCACGGUGCAAAAGGACAAACUGCACCCAUUCAACCUGCUGCUGAGGGGGGAUGGCGCCUGCGUUUAUGUGUUUCGCCCUCCUCCUCCCCCCUCUGUCUCCAGAUCCUCUCCGGCUGCCAAGAGGAGCUCCUCCCCUGAGGUUUCCAGGAAGACAAAGGUUCGUAAAUAUACGUACGUGGGACUGGGUGACCUGAAGGCGGGGUCUGUGGUGAACGUGUACGGAGUGGUGGUCUUCUUCAAGCAGCCGUUCAAGACCCGCGGCACAGAUUUCUGCUCCAGCCUGAAGAUCACCGAUCAGUCCAACGAGAAGAUCGGCUGCACCAUCUUCUGCGAGAAGCUGGAGGACCAUCCGAAGAUCUACCAGAUCGGAGACAUCGUCCGCCUGCACAGAGUCAAGACGCAGUUCUUCAACGACUCCAUGACGCUGGUGAAGACGUUCGGUUUCUCCGUGGUGGCGUUUGACGGAGCGGUGGGGGGGUCGAUGGAGCCGCGGACCUCUAGCCGCUCCUUCAACUUCGACCAGGAGGACCAGAGGAGGGUCGAGGAGCUGCGAUCCUGGGCCGCCAACCAGUCCGUCCUCGUCCCUCCGGCACCCGCAAUCCCCCUGUGUGACGUUCAGCCCAAAGCGUACUUCGACCUGACCUGCCAGCUGCUGUCCAAAGCCCCCGUCGACUCCACCUGCACGCUGCUCAGGGUGUGGGACGGGACCCGUAGUGAUCACACUCUGCUGAAGGUGAUCGUGGAGCCAAACGCCACGGAGGGACCGUCCUCCUUCCCUCCGGAGAGGGAGAGGCUCAUCGCCAACGUCCUCGCCUACGACAACCAUGUGGAGAUCGCUCGGCAGCUGAAGCCCGGAGACUUCCUGCGGAUCUACAACCUGCGAGCAAUCCCAGGAUCCAGCAAGGUGCCGGGCCUCACCAGCAGCCAGGAAGAAGAGCUGGAUCACCUGGCCUUCCACCUGCACGGGGGCAACGCCUUCGGCCGGGGGAUCCGGGUUCUUCCGGAGAACUGCCCCGAGGUGCAGGAGAUGAAGAGAGUCAUGGAGGCGAUUCCAGAGGACGAUAGAGACGAUUUCUCCGAGCUGAACGACUCGGCUCUGAUGGAGAUCUGGGGCACGCCACCUGAGUUCAUGGAGCCAAGUCUUUUAAGGGCAGCGAUACCGGAGUCUGCAGCCGGAGAAGAAGCUGACACAGCGGAGAGUAGCUCAGGAAUCAGCACCACACACCCCAGCAGCUCAACAGAGAGACGCUGUGACCACGACACACACACGGUGUCUCUGUCCGAGGUGAAGCGGUCCGGUCCGGCUGGAGUUCACCACGUUAGAGUCCAGCUAAGAUCCUACGAGCCUCAGAGACUCCACCAGGCUCUGAAGCUGUACUGCAGCAAGUGCACAUCACUGCAGGACGUCCCAGAUGACGAGCUGGUGGCAGGUAUCUUCUCCGAGGCAUCCCGGGACUCAGGCCCCUACAGCGCCCCCGCCUGGGCGAUCUCUGGACAGGUGGACAUCCCCGGAAACGCCCUAGGAUCCCCGACACGGACUAUGGGCGUCCACCUGUCCACAGAGUUCAUGUCCAAGGAGCUCCUCUUCCUCACGGGUUCUUCUCUGGAGGAAACGUGUCUCCUCUCGGCCGGAUACGAGAACAUCGUCCCUGUGAGGUCGUCCAGAGGUCAGCUGACUCUGCUCCACCCGUCUGCCCCGUUCCUGUUCAGAGGCAGGAGGAGAUACUACGGGUGUGAGCGAUGCUCUGAGGCUGCAGUGAGGGAACCUGUGUGUGCAGAAGGAGGGAAGCUACUCGAUGAGAAGAUCAUUGCAGAAGCUCUGGGCGUGGAGCCGCUGCGGUUCGUCCUGCUGAUGAAGCUGGAGCUGCAGGACGCCUCGGACUCGCUGCACGUCUUCCUGUGGAGAGACGCCGAGGAGUUCUUCGGCGUGUCGGCGGAGGACGUCGCAGCCAACCAGGAGGCUCAGAACAGAAUCAGCCAAUCAAUGGACUCCCUGUGUCCAGCAGGGGACAGCACCGAUGAGCGUCCCUGGAUGGAUUUGUGUCUGACGGUGUACCGAGGCGAGGAUGAAGACGGUCUGAACAAAACCUGCUACCAGAUCUGCAACAGCACCGUCACCAGACCCCCUCCAUCAGCACCCCCCAACGCCAACCCCGCCUGAAUUAAAGGCCGUCGUUAGAAGAUGCACAAUAAAAACUGUUCCUAGCUGCUUUAAUCUUUGUGUAUUUCACAUGUUCUGUGUUUUUAUUGGUAUUUAUGGAGAAAAACUGGAUAGAUGAACAUAAAUGUUGCUGAAACAAGUUGUACAACUGACUGUUUGUUAAUCAAGUUUAUUCAAUAAAGAAAACUCUUCACUG